AUGAGUUCAGGUUUUUCUUAUCCUAGCCCGAUAUUCACAUCGCCGAUUUAUAAUCCGGCAUUCUUUCUCCAAUUGGAUGCCAGCGGGUUUCUAACGUAUGACUAUGCUCAGACUCUUUAUCUGAAUAAGUAUGACUAUCGCUUGACGUACAUUACUGGUGUCUCUCAAGGCGUAGCAUCACCUGGUGUAGCGCUUGUCCCUGGAAGUGGUGGGAACAUCAGCGGUCUUGGAGGACUACGCUGUAGUAGCCUACUGUUAAUGGUGCUUCCGUUUCAGGCGUACCAACGUAUGUAG